AUGCACAUCUUUAGCGAGAACAUUCCUGAGAAAACCUCCAUUUUGAUGAGGGUUAUUAAGAACCAAUCCUCUCCUUAUGAUUUACCUGGUCUGGUGAGCCAGCCCGGAGGGGCACACCCGCACCAGCACAGCUCCCAGAAGCUGCAUGAUAGGGGAAACGGCGUCCUGCUGGAGGGAGAACUGGUGGAUGUGUCUCGGCACAGCAUCGUGGAUGCCCACGGCAGGAAGGAGCGCUACUACGUGCUGUACAUCCACCCCAGUCGCAUCCAUCGCCGGAAGUUCGACCCCAAGGGAAAUGAAAUCGAGCCCAAUUUCAGUGCCACCAGGAAGGUGAACACGGGCUUCCUCAUGUCAUCCUACAGGGCAGAAGCCGCGGGGGACACGGACAGACUCACGCCUGAGGCGCUGAAGAGCCUGGUUCAGAAGCCCGAGCUGCUCGCGCUGACAGAGAGCCUCACCCCGGACCAGACAGUGGCCUUCUGGAUGCCUGAGUCCGACAUGGAGGCGAUGGAGCUCGAGCUGGGGCUCGGGGUGCGGCUGAAAACUCGAGGCGAUGGCCCCUUCCUGGAGUCAUUAGCCAAACUCGAGGCUGGAACAGUGACCAAGUGUAAUUUCGCUGGUGACGGAAAGACAGGGGCGUCCUGGACGGACAACAUCAUGGCCCAGAAGUCUUCGGAGGGAGCCACAGCGCAGAUCCGAGAGCAGGGGGACGGGGCAGAGGCCGAGGAGUGGGAUGACUGAGGUCGCCUCCGGGUCUCACCAGCACUGCUGAGAAUUUCAUCCAUCAACGUCUACUCUGGAGCCCGCCUUACCUGGUUCUUCCCUACGGCUCCCAUGGAAUACCCUUUGAAUGAGUGCUGCUAAAAUCAAAUCCAAGACCAUUGCCAUGAGCAGUGAGGGCCCCAUGCUGUGGCUCACGGAGGGCCCGUCUCUAGAUAUUUUCACGGUGGCCCUUGCCCUGAGUGGCGGCCUUGUUUCCAGAGGCAGGCAGUGUGUGGGUCCCCCCAGGGCAGUUGGCGGAACUGAACUUGGUCUUGGCGUACCCUUGGGGACUCUCCAUCUGUAUGCAGAGUGGCUCAGGUGUUCUCUUCUCUGUUCUUGUAUUUCUUGCCUUCCUUGCACACCUGCCCCCUUUCCCCAGCACCCAGUGGUGUCGCCUCUGCUCUCCUGUUCAAACCUCAUUUCCCCCUGUGUGCCCUUUUCUUCCCUUCCAGCCGCCCGUUCUUUAUCCCCCCUCUGGUUCUCUGCCACCCUGGGGCUCCUGGCUCCUGACCUCCUUGGCUGCUUUCCCGGGGAUGCUGUUCUCGGGGAGGCCUCGCGUAGGCACAGGUGUGGCUAGCUGAGCACCACCUUUCAGACUCAUUAUUUUUUCUACUUUGAGAACUUUUUAUGAAUGAGCAAAUUUUCAGAAAAGGAUUCCUUUACCUUGACUGGGUUACGUCCGGUGUAAACAGUCUCCCAGCUGAGCAGUGAUCCUAUUAAGAAGGAAGCCGUGUCUUUCUGAUCGUGAACAUAGCAGCCCACACCCAGAUCUGUGACGGGCUGUGGAAUUGACAUCUUCGUGCCCCAAGAAUGGGCAGAGACGUGGUGGCACGUGGGUCCUGCUUGCCUCAGGGACAAGAGGGGGUGGUGAUGAGUCCCCUGAUGUAUCAAACCCAGUCCUAGAUGCUUUCCAUGAUAAUAAUUAGAGCCUGCUUCCUGGCGUUAGUACAGAUGUCCCCUGCUUUUUGAAAUGUUAGUGAUCCUUGGCUUUAACGAAAGACCUACCUUAGUACCUGUUUUUGCUAACCAAAAGAAAUCUGCAGAGGGUUUUCCUUUUUACGGAAAAGGGUCAAAGAUGAAAAUCACCCUCAGCAUCUGUUUUGCAGUGAGCCUUUACAGAGGCUGUGCACCCCCCAAGUAGCGAGCGUGGCCCCGCCAGCGCCCUUCUGGGGAACGGUACUCAGCAUCAAGCCCCCACAGCUUUGAACCGUGUCUGUGAGCAUCUCCUUCAU